AUGAAUUCAAACGAAUCACAUCCUCCCCAUCAUGCUAAUUCGGAAGAAACACAACAAAAGACACCUUUCUGGAGUUUUAGCACCAUUCAAGCCAUAUCGGAAAAGAUCGACCAUCAUCAAGGGCUCACUUGGAAGGAGUUUGCAUUGUGGAAGUUUUAUGAACUCACAGACCAUCCAAAGCCAAGAGGAAAUGUUAUUGUUGCAAAAAGUAUGGAACAUUUUGAUGAGAUCUUAAAUCAGGAAAAACCUGUGGCUGUUGCUUUUACUGCUCCUUACAAGAACAAUUGUGAACAUUUGAAAAAGAAGAUUAGAGAAAUGGCACCUUACUUUGAAGAAGCUAAUUUUGUGGAGGUAGAUUGUUCCAUCACUCCGAACAUUUGUUACCAGAAAAAUCUCGUAUCUGUACCUGCAAUGGAUGUUUUUUAUAAGCCAGACAAGAACAAUGACAAAGUCUACCGAUAUAGAUAUUCAUACAGCCAUAGCGUUUACGGAUUUCAAUCAUUCUUGAAAGAUUACGGUCUUUCCUCUUACCAUUCACCCUCAAUAUUUCAUAGGAUGGUCAAAAAGUUGGAAGCCAUCAACCACCAGCAACAACAGAACGUUCCUUCCAAUAAGUAA